AUGACAGCACCAUUGGUGGUGCAACUUCAAAAGAGUUCCUGUAACAGUGGAACCAAUGCUCAAUCACCCAAAGAACAGUGGUAUUCCUUGAGAAGAAGACUAUCCAAGUUGGUAAUGCGAUCCAGUCCUCCAGCCACUCCUCCAGCAUCUGGCCAUAGCACUGCUGCAGGCUGUCCUUUGCAUGCUCCAAGUAGCGAUUCCAGUGUUGCCAUGGCUUUCCCAACCACACCCAAUGGAUCGUCUGUAGUGUCAUCUCCUCAUGGCUCAGGGCUUCCAUCUGCUGCUCCAUCCACAAACAGCAGUCAAAAUAUGAGCAUGGAUCAGCGACUCUAUUCCAAACCACCAUUGCAUUACAUAGGCACUCCAGCAGGUAGCAAUACACACUCUGUCCAUCCUCACAACCAUAAAUGUCAUCCGGACCUGCAGCAUAGCAAACAAUCCUCGCCCACCACUUUUACUACCCAUCCCGCCCUUUUGGCAAGGAUGCGAUCCGAAGGGUCUGUCUUGCAUGCCUGCUAUGAGCGAAUUUCCCCCCCUGCAGCAGCUGCUUGCGCUAGUAAUCAUAUAGAUUGCAUUAAUAAGGAUGUGACUGACUCUACCCAAACUCUUGCAUCGACUGCUCUUGACCAUUGUUCUAUUGCUCCGACAUCUCCAAUUGUUCAGUCGAAUAGCCAAAAUUUUACUGCAUCUGAAACCCUCGUUGACAUGAAAGCCUUUUCGCAGACUGAGCUGGCCUGGAACCACUACAAUGAUCAUCAUCAAGGUGUAGAUUACCAGGACAUGGACCAUGGCUCUUUAUAUCAGGAUAUAGAUCAGCACGUAGUAUACAAACCAUCUCUACAGCAUAUACCACAGGAGCAGCAGACUAAACAGUAUGAGCAACAGAAACCAUAUUUAUACAAGCAGUAUGAAUACCCAGUGACAGCUCAUGUACCGUCUCAGUCAGACUUGCAACCAUCAAGCUCAAUGUCAUUCCCUACUGCUGUGCAACAUGCACCAGUGUCUGUGGACUCUUUAUCCAUGAACAAAACGUUGGGAUCAAAAUCAUCGAUAGUGUCGUCAAGUGCGUCAGCAUUCACUUAUUCGACAACAUCCAACACGGCCAGCACCAAUGGCCAGAUUCAUGAUCAGCAAGGUAAUUCAAGUGACUUUUACUAUGCUUGUGGCUAUAAUUCUUUGUUCUCCCUGCUUAAUGGCCAUUGUCAACCCUUCUUGGGUCUCCGCUCCUUGACAUCUAGCUAUAAGCUCUUGUUUUAG